AACAAGACUUCUGUUGUAAUCCUGACUGCCCUGUGGAUGCUUGAACAUGGAGCCAUUUCACCUGUGAUGCCUCAUCUGAUACUUGGACAGAAUGCCUUGGAAGGUGUUUUUGGUGAGAGGGGACAAUAGAAGACUCAUCCCUUUGCACAUGAGGCACCAUGGCUGAUAACACAAGCAAGCCCGGCAAGCCUGUGAACAAAACACCUCCAAAGUCUCCUGCGGAUCCCUCAAAAGAAAAAGCUGCCAAAAGGUUAUCCUGUGAGUCGAACAGCUCCCAUGAGGGGGCCAGUGGGCCUGAGCUAAGUGCUCUUGAAGAGGCUUUUAGAAAAUUUGCCAUCCAUGGGGACACACGAGCCACAGGAAAGGAAAUGCAUGGGAAAAACUGGUCGAAGUUGUGUAAGGACUGUCACGUGAUUGAUAGCAAGAAUGUGACCCUCACAGAUGUUGACAUUGUCUUCAGCAAAAUCAAGGGAAAAUCAAGAACAAUUACUUUUGAGCAGUUCAAGGAAGCACUUCAGGAACUUUCCAAGAAACGCUUCAAAGAUAAGAGCUAUGAAGAAGCUGUGCAAGAAAUGUACAAGCUAAUUGAAGGGAAAGCACCAAUCAUAUCUGGAGUUACGAAAGCCAUUUCAUCUCCAACUGUCUCACGGCUUACAGACACAACACGUUUCACUGGUUCUCACAAAGAGAGGUUUGAUCCAACUGGGAAAGGCAAAGGCAAAGCUGGACGUGAAGAUCUGGUUGACACAUCUGGCUAUGUCUCUGGGUAUAAGCAUGCUGGCACAUACGAUCAGAAAGUACAAGGAAGCAAGUAAAGUUGAAGAUUGAACAAGCUAAGGUAUACCUGCAAGGGUGAGCUAACUGAGCCUCUCCUGUUUACCAGUCCUCUCAAUACCUAAAAGACUACACCAGCUAGGGAUUGGAACCAGUUUUGACAUCUACUGAGACUCUUGCAAGGAUGCACCACUUCAUUACAUUCCUCAUGCUUUAUGGCAGUGAAAAGGAAGCAGCAAAGCAUUUUGCAAGAAAUGCAAGAAACCACAUCCAAGGGCUCUAUCGCCACCCUUCAUCUGUACUGGUAGCAAAUUGCAAACAUUCCUUUAUGUCUACUUCUCUGUCUUGCUGUUUUGGCUGUAGCAUCAAACCUUUUCUCUUGAGAAUGGUGGUGUUUCAGUUAAGGUGACAUGUGCUGGUAGCUUUUCUAAGAAAAAUACAGUUGUUAAAUUAGAUUAUUUAUUAUUGAACAAAGUCUUAAAAGUGGACAGACACUCCAAUAAAUUAAUCUUCAUUAAAUUGCUAUGGGGGAGGUUUGUAAAGGUACCAUCCUGGAAAAAGUAAAUAAAUUUAUUCCCCUCUCCCCACAUUUGUGAACAAAAGCAACAGUUUAAUUGGGAAAAAAACACUCCCCAGUCUCCCAAAUGUAAACCAUGCAUCAUUUAAGCCAUUGAGGGUAACAGUAAGAGAAAGAAUCAUGGAGCUUACUAUGGAUGUCAGCUUGAAAAUGACACUGUUGGUUGCAAUAUUGAUGUUUGUAGUGCCUCUAACUGGAAGUCAAAGGAACAUUUAAGGUUAUAUUGAUGUAUUGUUAAAUAGUAUUAUGUUUUGCAGUUAACAUCAGAAAUUGGGCUUCCGUGUGGGCUUCCGUUUAGUUACACUCCACAGAGCAAUGCACAAACAAACACUUCUAGAAGAUUGCCUCAGCUAUGAAAUACGGCUGGUCAGUAUUUCGCAGGUGAUAAAUUCAAACUACUACCCAUUGAAAUUGUUAAUAUCUACUCUAUUGAGUCAUUUUGGCAAACAAUAUUUUGAUUUAUAAAACUGAUUAAAUAAUCUCUUUAG